GCUACCGGAGCAGCAAUCAAGCAGUCAAGACGCCUACUGCACAACCUUGCUAUGCCUUUUCUCAAUGAUGUUGGCUGGCCUUGUGUUGUGCUUUUUGCACACUCUUGGCAUCGUGACAUCGGCCGACGCGAGCAGAUGCCCACAAGACUUCCUGGGUCGCUACGCAGGCUGUCAAGCAAGACAGGACAUCAAAGCAAUGAUCAGUUUCGUAUUGGGUACGUUGGUGAUUCUGGCUGGUGCCCCAGCUCCGGAGCAUUUCCCUGGCAGCAGCCUUCGAGACACCCUGUUGAAGAUGGAGAGCUGCGCCGGUCUGCUAUGA